AUGGCUGCUAUUAUUUCAACCAUUGUUGUUCGUGAUGGUGCGCGAUCACAACUGGUUCAGCCUGAAGUCGCCAGUUUGAUCGCAGACUUCGAAAUAUACCAGUCGAGAUCCUCAAACUCGACCGAACGAGAUAACGGAAGUGUCAUAGUCGGUGACGUGGAAAGAGAAGCCCAACCCGCAGACUUUGAUCCAACUCUUGCUCCGCGUCCGACCGUUGCAUAUCCAGUUUCGAAUCCGGCAUGGUGGGAAACCACUUUUCGAAGAGUUCCAGACUACCGUCCUAUUAAUUACGAGUUGGAUCUGAGUGAAAGACGACAAAACCUAGCGUUUACAAUAGUUGGUUCUACGAUGCUUCUGGGACGUUUUACACUCGCUGUAAGUUAA